UGGGGAUUUAGAGUUGUUAUUCCUGAAGCUUUACAAAAUUUAAUCAUGAAUGAGUUACAUUCAAGUCAUUUCGGAAUAAAUAGAAUGAAGCAAAUAGCUCGUUCCUAUUUUUGGUGGCCAACUGUGGAUAAAGAAAUAAGCAAUAUUACAUCUUCAUGUUUAAUUUGUUUAGAGAAUCGCAAUGCACCUGAAAAAGCGCCUCUGUCUACUUGGCCAUGUUCUGAGUCUGUGUGGGAAAGAUUACAUGCAGAUUUUCUUGGUCCUAUUUAUGGAAAAAUGUUUCUUGUAAUAGUCGACAGCUAUUCAAAGUGGCCUGAAGUUUUUCUCAUGUCAAAUAUUACAGCAGGUAAAACCAUCUCAAUUUUCAAAGAUGUAUAUACAAGAUUUGGUUAUCCACUCCAUUUGGUGGUAGAUAAUGGCCCAACCUGGACAAGCAAUGAAUUUAAAGAAUUUUGUAACAUAACAGGGGUAAAGAUGAGCUAUACACCUCCCUAUCAUCCGGCCACAAAUGGAGCGGCUGAACGAUUCGUACAAACAUUUAAAAACCAUGUAAAAAAAAUUGUGGAUAGCGGACAUAAUUUAGAAUAUGCCACUAACUUGUUUCUGUUCGAUUAUCGAACUAGUGUUAAUAGAACCACUGGUGUUAGCCCUGCAAAAUUGUUAUUUGGGCGUGAGCUUAGGUCAAGGUUUUCCCUUCUAAGGCCACAGCCAAUUAGUACACGUUUGCAAAUGCAUAAUGAAAAACUUAAACAGUAUUAUCAGGGAAGUAGAUCUGUGUUAUUUAAUGUGGGGGAGAAGGUUAUGAUUAGAGAUUAUAGAAAUAAGGCAAAAAAAUGGAUUCUUGGUCAAGUACAGGAGAGUCUAACACCAGGAGUAACUUAUAUGGUUGAAGCACAGGGUAGAGUUGUCAAACGACAUGUUAACCAAAUGUUAAAGUGUUCAGUGACCAUUUAAGUACUGUAAUCUAUAAAAAUAUACUAAUUAUUUUUAAUAACCUAUUGUGUGUACCUACUGCAUUGUUAGUAUAGUAGAGUCAUGAAUUACAUGUUAAUCCCAACAUGUCAUAGUCCUACUUGUACUUUGCUAGUAUAGUUACUGUGUUAGUUUAUAAGUAUACUUACUGUACCUACCUAAAUAAUAUAUUAUUAUGUACUUGUACUUUUGUUAUUUCGGGGCGGGGAAGAGUGUGGCAACACAAAAUUAUAAUAUAGUGAGUUUUUCGACUGGCAA